AAAGAGGACGCCUCUGAACUGGACCUUAGUGGGGUCCUCUGGCCGUGACGUAAUUCCCUGGCGCCCUGGAAAUCAUCACAACACUAAUCCGUUUGAUAUUUCUGUAUUAUUGACGUAGUUUCUGAAAGAGCUUAUCGAAAUGGCUUUGGAAACGGUCCCCAAAGACCUUCGCCAUCUGCGAGCGUGUCUUCUUUGUUCUUUAGUGAAGACUAUUGACCAGUUUGAAUAUGAUGGCUGUGACAACUGUGAGUCUUACCUUCAGAUGAAGGGAAACAGAGAGAUGGUUUACGAGUGCACAAGUUCCUCAUUUGAUGGUGUGGUGGCCAUGAUGAGUCCUGAAGACAGCUGGGUAGCUAAAUGGCAGAGGAUAGGGAACUUUAAACCAGGUGUAUAUGCAGUCUCAGUGACAGGCAGACUACCUCCAGGUGUGGUGAGAGAGCUGAAGAGUAGAGGAGUGAUCUAUAAGUCCAGAGAUACAGCAGUGAAGUCAUGAACCUGACUGCCGCCAUACUGCCAACUGAGGGACAACAUUUGAGUAUGUCUGUGAUGUCUUAUGGAUGUGAUUUCAGCUGUUUAAAUCUUGCUGUUUUUUUGUUAUUAUGAUCAUUGGUAUGGGAGAGAGUGGAUGUUUUUCAUUUCUUAUGUUUCUUUAAAUGAUUGAGGAAAAUUAAAGUUAUGUUUUUUGUAAGAAAGGUG